AUGGCCACAGACCCGCCCACAAUGAUGCCGAACACAACAGAAGUGCAGACUACACCAACUACAGUAACUCAGGAAGUCAAUACUAUAGUAACAACGCCAGAAGCUACGGUAAACACUACAGUACUACCAAAUGGAAUUCCAGGAGUGCAGGAAAAUUCAACGACUGAAGCUCCGCCCACCACCCCACUUACAGUAACCGAGCCUACUACAACUGUAACUCAACCUACUGUAGCUGCAAAUACUACUGUGAAGGAGAAAAAACCACAACACCCCAAUACUCCCCAAAAUCCCCUCAAACCGACUCCAGAAUCUUCUAGAAAUUUGGAAAAUUCCAAAAACUCAACUGGUCAGAAUUCAUAUGCCGAAGCGUUGCAAGAUGAGGAGAGCGAAAAGCAUGACAAGAAGUUGAAGGAGCAACAUUUCAAGAAGAAGAUCUUCGCCUUCGAAUUGGGUACUUGUUCGAUGUUGAUCGUUGCCAGUGUUGCGGCAUAUGUCUUCUCGUUUUUGGCUUACGAUUAUGCCAAAAAUUUGACAAAAGUCAUCAAACAACCAGGAAAGAAGCUGAAGAAGAAGUAG